UGAUUUGUUUUCAUUUCCGAUUGCUUAGACUUUCAACUAAAUUUAUCCUUUGAACCUUCUGAGCAUCCAAUGGCGCCAAAAGCCGAGAAGAAACCCGCCGAGAAGAAGCCGGUGGAGGAGAAGAAGGCCGUAGCCGAGAAAGUCCCAGCGGAGAAGAAGCCAAAGGCUGGGAAGAAGUUGCCGAAGGAAGGUGCUGCGGCUGCCGGAGACAAGAAGAAGAAGAGAUCGAAGAAAAGUAUCGAGACAUACAAGAUCUACAUCUUCAAGGUGUUGAAGCAAGUUCAUCCAGACAUCGGAAUCUCCAGCAAGGCCAUGGGAAUCAUGAACAGCUUCAUCAACGACAUUUUCGAGAAACUGGCUCAGGAGUCUUCUAAGUUGGCUCGCUACAACAAGAAGCCGACCAUCACUUCCAGGGAGAUUCAGACUGCUGUGAGGCUUGUUCUUCCUGGUGAAUUGGCCAAGCACGCCGUUUCUGAAGGUACCAAGGCGGUUACGAAAUUCACUAGAACUUGUACGAUUCCUCAACUUUCCACCGCCUUUUCUUCGACCAAGCAAAUUCCGAUGGCACCCAAGGCCGAGAAGAAGCCCGCCGAGAAGAAACCGGCGGCGGAGAAGCCAGCUGAGGAAAAGAAAUCCGUCGCCGAGAAAGCACCGGCGGAGAAAAAGCCCAAAGCAGGGAAGAAGCUUCCGAAGGAAGGCGGCGCCGCUGCUGUAGACAAGAAGAAGAAGAGAUCGAAGAAGAGCGUAGAGACUUACAAGAUCUACAUCUUCAAGGUGCUCAAACAGGUUCAUCCAGACAUAGGAAUAUCCAGCAAGGCCAUGGGGAUCAUGAAUAGCUUCAUCAACGAUAUCUUCGAGAAACUUGCUCAAGAAUCAUCCAAAUUGGCUCGCUACAACAAGAAACCCACCAUCACCUCCCGGGAGAUCCAGACCGCCGUUAGGCUUGUUCUUCCUGGUGAACUGGCCAAGCACGCCGUUUCUGAGGGUACAAAGGCGGUGACUAAGUUCACAAGUUCUUAAAACCCUAAUUAGGCGAAAGAAAUUGAAAACGGAAACGAAGUAGAGUAGAACGCUGUUUUAAUUAUUACGAUGUGUUUAUGUAUUUGUGAUCUUUUGGGUUUCUCAAUUUCUUCAAAUAUAGUUGCUUAUGAUUUGUGAAUGCUUCUUUGAUGCUUUAUUGGCUAUCUGAUGCUCUUAUCAUGAACAAUUUCCCAUUUGAAUUUGAUGGGUUUGGUUAA